GCAAUUAUUUGAGCCCUUCUUUGUUUGUUUAAUAUUUGAGUCAUUAGAAUAUAAUGUGAUGCCGUAGUUAGGGAUCUAACACCAGUUGGAAUCAAAUGCUAGAACUGGAAGCCACAAAAUAUAAAAAAAUGUGGAGAUUCUUUGGUCUAGCAAGGAAUGGAGGGUUUUGAACUCAGUCACAAAGCCCCUCCUUCCUAGAAUAAAAUCAGAAGGCUUUGUUUCCCAUAACAGAUACCUGGUCAAGAACAAAAUCGAGAUAAACUACAAGGUAUUAGUACACAAAAGAAUCCUACCCAAUUUAUUCUUCCUUAAUUAGAGUGUGAAUGUUUUACUGGGGCUAUCCAUAGUUUUUCCCCAAACUGAUUAUAUAGAGAAGGGUGUAUUCUGAUCUGGUUGUGCUGAGAUGGAGGUGAGUAUGAAUGUUUUUCCAAAGGUGUUGUGUGGGUGGAGUUGGGAGGAGAACAAGUUGUUUGAGCUUGCUUUGGCUGUGGUUGAUGAACAAGACCCACAGCGCUGGGAAAUAGUUGCAGCCUUGGUUGGAGGCAAAAAGAGUGCAGAGGAUGUGUACAAGCAUUAUGUUAUUCUUUUGGAGGAUUUGAACGUCAUAGAGUCUGGUAAUUUGGAUCACAAACUUGGUGAGGCCCAGAAACACAAUUAUGUUCAAGUGGACUCUGCUCAAUCCCUGUGCUGGACUGAUGAAAAUAACAAUUUGCUGGUUCAGUUGAACUUGAAUUGAUCUGUAUGUUGGAGGGCCAUUGGUAUUUUCCAUUGACGCUUUCUCGUUCAAGCGCAUCUCCUUUUAGCAACAAAACAGCUUGAAGUAAAGCUGCUGGUCAUUGCAAAUGUAAGAAUUUGACAGCUCUGUCAGCAGCUUGUAAAUAUCAACUCUCUCUUCUUUUCUCCUACUUUUUUUUUUGAAAAUCCUUUCUCUUCUUGUAGUGCACAAAUUGUAAGUAUAAAUUCAUGUCAGAUAGUCUGAUCCCAAGUGCCUUUCUCUCUCUGAUUCAUCUCAUUUAUUCAUUGUCA